CCAAACUUUGUCUUCCUAAGAACGCAUAGACCUCUCUUGCUUCUCCUUUUUCUACAAGAAUGGCUUCACUGCCAUUGGUGACAAGAAUAAAGCUCUUUGUAUUAGAUUUGAUAACACGGCGCGACGGCACGAUCAACCCAUUCCUCUUCGGCCUCAUAGACUCGAAAACACGAGCACCAGCCACCAAAGUCGUGAACAAAACCCGCGUCUCCACCUCCGACAUCACAAUCGACGCCUCCCGCAACCUGUGGCUCCGCCUCUUCAUCCCAGCCACUCCCGCCUCCGAGCCCCUCCCCUUGCUCGUAUACUUCCACGGCGGCGGAUUCGCCAACUACGGACCCGACACCAAGUACUUCGACCACCUCUGCAGCCACCUGGCCGCCGCCAUCCCUGCCGUCGUCGCCUCCAUCAACUACCGCCUCACCCCCAACCACAGGUGGCCCACCCAAUACGAGGACGGGUUGGAGGCGCUGAAAUUCAUCGACGCGCGGCGCCACAACAUCCUACCGGCGAAUGCCGAUGUGAGCAAAUGUUUCAUCGGCGGCGACAGCGCGGGGGGCAACAUAGCGCAUCACGUGACGGUGAGAGUGGCGGAGAGGAAAGUAGUCUUUGAGAAAAUGAGAAUCGUGGGAGUGGUGGCGGUGCAGCCGUUUUUCGGGGGAGAGGAACGGACGGAGUCGGAGGUGAGGCUGGGGAAUAAGGCGCCGGUGCUGAGUGUGAAGCAGACGGACAAGUAUUGGAGGGCGUUUCUUCCGGAGGGGGCGGACAGAGAUCACCCGGCGGCUAAUGUGUUUGGGAAGGUGCCGCUGAAGGAGCUCGAGUUUCCGGCUAGUUUGGUGGUUGUGGGAGGGAAUGAUCCGCUGCAGGAUUGGGACAGCAGGUAUGCCGAGUGGUUGGAGAGCUGUGGAAAACGAGUGGUGGUGGCCAACUAUCCCAAUGCGUUUCAUGGCUUUUAUACCUUUCCCGAACUGCCUGAAUUUGCUUUCUUGCUUCGUGACGUCAAGAGUUUUGUCACCUCCUCCAUUUCAAUUUCAAAAUAAUUGAACCUUUUCAAUCUUAACGCAAAUUGCCAAAAAGGAUAUACACAAAACACUAUAUUUUCAAAAUCUUAAUCGAAUUUUAUUUCCUUUUA